CUGGACUACAAAUACUCGCAUCGCGUCCAGUCGCUCCUCCCCGUCUCUCCUCCUUGCCGCCAUGGACAGCUUCGCAGAGCCCCGCCGCCCCGCAACCCCCGUCUCCCUCGCCGCCGUCCGCGAGCAGGUCCGCAAGCUCGAGACCGACCACAUCGCGAACGGCAUCCCCCUCUCCGGCCGCAUCAUCCACGUCUGCCAUUACCUCCCCGUCUCCUCCUCCUUCUCCAGCAGACCAAGCGACCUCCCCAGCCCACCCCCGACGCCGCCCACCGCGCCGUCCGACAUCCCCGCGAGCCCGACCGAGCCCACCGCCCCGCCGAAGGAUGCAUCACUCGAGCAGCCCCAGCCCCAGCCUGCGCAGACGCAGGAAGACACAAACUGGGUUCUGAGCGCGCGCCACGGCCACUCCGCGAUGGUCAGCGGGAUCUCGAGCCUUGCGACGACCCACGAGCAGAUCGUCAUUGGCUGGACUGGCGACAUCACGUCGGCCCCGACGACGCUCCCCCCAGCUGCCUAUGGCGCUCCCUCCGCCUCUACCGUGCCAGAGUCGGCAUAUGCUACCCCUUCUAAAGUCCCAGUCAAGGACAUCGGCGAAGAGGACCGACGGUCCCUCGAAGGCCUCUUGGCGAAGUAUCGCUCACGAGAGGACGUCGAGAUUGAGGGCGGCCAGCAGACUACCUAUGUUCCCGUUUGGCUAGACGACACGGAAGCCCAUGGCCACUACGAGGGUUACUGCAAACAAACCCUCUGGCCACUCUUCCACUACCUCCUCUGGCAAGAUGUUGCAACCGAGUACGCUUCCGCGGACGCGCACUGGGGUGCAUACAACGCCGUGAAUGAGGUGUUCGCGAAGCGCGUCGCCGAGGUCUACAAGCCUGGCGACCUGAUCUGGGUCCACGACUAUCACUUGCUUCUCGUGCCGUCGAUGCUGCGCCAGGCCCUCCCAGAGGUCGCGCUGGGCCUCUUCAUGCACACGCCGUUCCCGAGCUCGGAGAUCUUCCGGUGCUUGCCCCGUAGGAAGGAGAUCCUCGACGGCAUGCUCGGCGCGAACCUCAUCUGCUUCCAGACAUACUCGUACUCCCGGCAUUUCACCUCGUCGUGUGUCCGUGUGUGCGGAUAUGAGAUCACGGCGACAGGCGGCAUCGACGUCGCGGGACAUGUGGCGUCGAUUGCUUACUGCCCGGUAGGCGUCGACGCGGACCGGGUAGCGAAGGAUACGCUGCGCCCGGGCAUCCAGCCGAAGCUCGAGGCGCUCCGUGCGCUGUAUGAGGGCAAGAAGAUCAUUGUCGGCCGGGACAAGCUGGACGUUGUGAAGGGUGUUGUGCAGAAGCUUCGCGCGUUUGAGAAGCUCCUGCAUGAUUACCCGCAGUGGAUCGGCCACGUCGUCCUCAUUCAAGUGACGUCCCCCGCGCUGUCCGACUCGCCCAAGCUCGAGCGCCAGGUGUCCGAGAUCGUCGCACACAUCAACGGCGAGUAUGGCUCGCUCGACUUCAUUCCUGUGCAUCACUACCACCAGACCAUCAAGAAGGACGAGUUCUACGCCCUGCUGUCCGUUGCGGACCUCGGCGUUAUCACGCCACUGCGCGAUGGUAUGAACACCACCUCGAUGGAGUUCGUCCUCGCGCAGGGGCGUACGAAGAAGAGCCCGCUCGUCCUCUCUGAGUUCAUGGGUAUCUCCAGCAACAUGGCCGAUGCGCUCCAAGUCAACCCGUGGAACCUCGUGGAAGUCGCCGCGGCGAUGCACCGUGGGCUGACGAUGGCUGACGACGAGAAGGCACGCCGCCACGCGACGCUGUACGACACGGCGCGGACGCACACGUCGCAUACGUGGGCCGCGACGCUCGCAAAGCUCCUUCUCCAACAGAUCGGCGGGCAGAAUACCGCGAAGAUGACCCUUCCCAUGCCCAAGGACCGCUUGGAGGCGCAGUACCGUACCGCAAAGAAGCGGCUGUUCUUGCUCGACUACGACGGUACCCUCUCACCGAUCGUGCGUGUCCCGAGCCAGGCGACCCCCUCGCCGCAGACGCUCGAGGCGCUCGAGAACCUCACGAAGGACCCCCGCAACGUCGUGUUCAUCAUCUCCGGCCGCGACGGCGCGUUCCUCGAGCAGCACCUCGGCCAUAUCCGCGGGCUCGGCAUGAGCGCGGAGCAUGGUGGCUUCGUGCGCGAGCCGGGCUCGCGGGAGUGGACGAACUUCACGGAGAACCUGGAUAUGGAGUGGAUGGGCGAGGUGCUCGAGAUCUUCAAGUACUACACUGAGCGUACGACGGGUAGCCAUAUCGAGGUCAAGAAGAGCUCGAUUACGUGGCACUACCGUUCGGCGGACCCAGAGUGGGGUCUCUUCCAGUGCCGGCAAUGCCAGGACCUGCUCGAGAACAACCUCGCUCGCAAGCGUCCCAUCGAGGGUAAGUAGCAGUACUUCAAAUUCAUGGCACCAACGCUGAAGCUGUCUGCAGUCCUCGUUGGAAAGAAG